AUGACACAACCAACGACAGUUUCCGAUGGCAUACCGAUCGAUGUGACCAGCGACAUCGAGUUUGCAGUCUUCUCUGCCGAUAAUGAGGCUGCAAUUCACCUUUUAGAAACCAUCCAAUGCAAAUCAUCGCCCCCGACGCUCAAGAGCGACGAGAACGCAAUCGGCUACCAACUAUCAAUACCUUUGUCAUGCGACAGCCCUGACGCCAGACGGUUCAGAUGGCGCAUUGGCGCUGGUGCAUCUCCGGCUUUGGUUGAGAAAGGGUUAUGCUGUUGUGAGCCAGACAUUCUCCUGUGUCCACCGGGGAGGACGCCCGGCUCUGCGGCAGUUCGGCGAUUCAUCAAAGACAUACACGCCACCAUUCAUUUCCAUCCGCAGUCUGGGGUUUUGCUGCUCAAGACACACUCUAGUCGACCUCUUAUAUACGAGCAAGGCGGUAUGGACAAUGAUGAUUUGAUACUGGACAUGUUGGGGAGGAUCAAUACGUGCGUUCUGCGGCGACAACGGAACCUUUUUCGCUUUGGCCAGUACCGCUUUGCUCUUGAAUUCAUUGUCGGAGACGGUGACUUGAGCAGAGUCAAGGCGCAGCUCGACGAGAAUCUCGGUUGCCGCUUCAAUGGCUCCCGACCCUCUCAGCUGCUCAAUUUUAUUCCCGUGCAGCAUCCUGAGACGUCUUGGAACGUGUGGCUGCAUCAAAAGAUUCCAAACACCUCUAUAACAUCUGGCGUAAACAUCCACACUGGACAGCCAGUUGCUGUUGGGGAGCUGCAACUAACAGCUAGAUCACGGCAGCACACGCUACGCCGGCUCCAGCUCGCAUGUCAGUACAAGGGCAGACCAGACAAGGGCGUUCUCGGCAUCAUUGACGCCUGGUGCGAACACAAGGCAUCGCCGCCAUGUCUCUUCAAUGAACCUGAACCCCCUCAUCGUUGCAGGCGUUUAUUCUAUUCCAUGCCUCUCGCUGAACACCAUUUUCUCAACAUGCCUUGGAAGAAGAUUGACACAAACACUCGUCUUCUUUAUUUCCAUCAGACUUUAGUAGGGCUAGCUGAAUUACAUCGGCAAGAUGUUACGCAUGGAAACAUUCUGCCCGAGUCGUUGCUUAUAUUACCUGGCACUAAGCCCACGCCAAUGUCGGAUCGCUCUCAUCCCAAAAGGGCGGUUAUUUCCCUUUGUAUGCAGCAAUUAGACAAGCCCAAUCAGAGCGUCUGUGUUGCCCCAGAGGUUUGGCGAAACCGGAAACCUGUGGAUGGAACAAAAGUUGAUGUCUGGGCACUCGCUGCUUCUUGGCUCUUCGCUUUCGUGCGGCCACCAAGCGGUAUCAAGAUAACCAAAGCGUCUUACUCAACCCUGCAAAAGACUCUGGAUACGCAGAUUGAAAAGGGCUUCAUGAAAGAGCCAUUUGCAGCCCUUUUACGACAAAUGCUAGCCUGGGAACCGCACGAUCGACCGAGCACGACCGAGUUGCUUGCAGACACAACCUGGGAAUCUGUGCUGGCACACGCGCAGUUGCUUGAAGACAGCAACAAACGAAAGCGAAUGGAAAAGAUGCAACACUCUCCUAGCCAGGCGAGGAGAGUCAGGUUACUCUCUCCAGGCGUAAAUGAUUGA